AAUUUAUGAUGUGUUUCGUUAACAUAUUUCAUUUGCUAACAGAUUUAACUUCGCAUAUGGAGCAAUGAUUCAUCUGGAUUAAAGUUCCUAAGAUUAGGAGUCAUCAUGAUUGUCAUUCAGAAGUUUUAAAAGUCAGAAAUAGGAUUUAUGGAACUGGAUGGAGACUGGCAAUGAAGGAAUCUUCCGAAUGUGAAUUUGUCGUAGAAAGAUCUGUUUCGAAAUUCAACGGGAUUCUAUUCCGCUUAAAACAUAAAAAAUCUAAAUUGACAAAGAAGAUAAACUUGCUAUAAAUUAUCCGCUGGAGAAAUGAAGACUUCGUUAAUAAAUCACAUCUUCCUUGCAAUGGUUUUUGUUAUAAGCUUGAAUCGUCAGUCGUGCAUUGCCAAAGCCAUUCCCUAUUCACAAGGAAAUGUAGAGAUGCCAGCAACAGUUAAAGUGAAGGUCGUAGCUACAGAUAAAAGACAAAGAAGGUAUAUCAACCAGUUUCCUGACCAAUUAGAUGUUGACGUGUCAACAGAUGAAUUGCAUGAACAUUUUCAAAAUCUAAAAAGAAAUCAUCACGUUCCGCAUAUUAAGUAUGUUCACAUGAUGGAAAAUGGAGCAGUUAAAAAGUUCAGAUUUGAAAGAAAAGAGACCAUGGCAUAUUAUAUAGAUGUUGAGCAUGGUGCCGCUUUUGAAGUUUCUUUGGCAUCAGAGGGAUCUGAAGAUUUUGAUAUUUAUCCUACCAGCAAUAACUGCCUAGUGCAAUAUGAAAACUUGAAAAUCAAUGACAGCCAUCAGUCCGAAGAACAAGUAAACAGCCCAGUGUCCGUUAUGCAGCUUUUCAACAAUUCCAUGUUUCCCAAUUUCCUAGCCGCUUUUUGAAUGUUUACACAACUAUCAACACUUAUUUAUUUUCUGUAACUUUCCUCAAAUAAGUUUUCUUUCUUAAAAAAUGAUGUGUGACUAACAUAUGCAAAUGAUAUCCUUUAUUUCAUGCUUGCCGAUCUUUAA